UGAAGCAAUGAAGACUCUUCUCGCUUUAGAAAUACAGCAAUUUUACCUUCCAAAGCCUUUUUUAUGGGAUCUAAGAACCCCAACAAUCCUUCCCACAAUCAUAAAAAACCAGAGCCAAAACCAACCCUCAUCAACAUGGGAAUUGCAGGCCAACGCCAAAGGAUUUGCGAGCACACCACCAGCUACAGCGAAAGAAAACGCUGCCAACAAAAACUCAAAUAAGAACAAUAACAAUGACGACGAGCAAAUUCCCCAGGUAGUGUUUGAGAGGAUGAUAGCCAGAAUUUUGGUCUCUGUGGGAGUUCCUUUGGCCACGGGUCUCGCGUUACUUCACUUAUUUGGUAUAGCGAAAGAGCAAAAGUUGUGGGAUGUGCCACUAUGGCUGCCAUUCUUGACUACAUUCAUAACUUUUGGGGCAUCAACGCUUGGGAUUGCUUAUGGGACUUUGUCUGCGAGUUGGGACCCGGAGAAGAAGGGUUCUUUUCUGGGAUUGGAAGAAGCUCAACGCAAUUGGGUUGAAAUGUGGAAAGAGGAAAACGACGGGCAGUGGUGAAAGGUGAUUGCCGCUGAGGCCAGCCGAUUGGAUCAACAUCAGGCCAUUUUCCCUUUAGUUUGAGUAGUAAUUACGACUCUUUAAUGGAACAAAAAAGAAACAGUCCUCUACUUGUUUUCAUUGUCGAAUAAUAAAGAAAUACUUCUACUAUAUAUAUAUAUAUAUAUAUAUUUGGAUAAUUUUAAUAUUGAAUGUUUCUUUUCUUUUUUCGACAUAAGAAGUAUAAAUAUAGGAGAUAUUGGAAUUUUAUAUCUUAAUCCUUUUAAGGAUAAUACUAACCCUUAAUAUAAGAUUUGGGUUUAAUGCUAAUUGAAAUUCGUCUAAGUACAUUUUUUGAGAAGGUUUAUUUUUGGAGCAAAAGGGAAGGGUUAACCUUCUCUAUAUUUGCCUUUUAAGGGCAUUGCUCUCUCUUUAUAGUUCAUUACCCUGCGUUAACCAAAUGGAUUUGAUAGUGGCUAAUUUGAGAAAUGAUAGUGGCUAAUUUGAGAAAUGAAAAACGUAAUUUAAAUUUUAAACUCAUAAUUUUUUCAAAAAAAGACAUUGUAAUGAUUAUUUUUUAAAAUUUGAUAAUCUCAAAUUAAGAGUACAUUAAUUAAAACAAGUUUCAUUCGCUAGGUUUUUCGUUGUUGUAGAUUUUGUUUGACAAGACUAAUAUUUUGAAGUAAAUUAUAUAUCCUUAUCCUUAAAUUCGAAUUCAUUUCAAUGUAUGAUGAAAAAUCUUUCAUUAUAUUAUACAUGUUGUUAUAUUCACUAAACCUUUAAAAGCUUCAUAAUAAAAUGCAAUUAUGCAACAAAAUGCCGUAAAAGUCCUCCCCAUCAUGCAAUCAAAAGCAUCCUUCAAUUAAAAUUUGGGUAAUAGAAUAAUAACAGUUCUUUUUCUAGAGGCCGCACAGUAAUCUUGGUCCCCUCAUAUAUUUUGCUAAUUUCCUUUCUAUUAAUUAAUAGUACAAACCAUUGGAUUGACAAUUGUUAAAUUGAUUUAUUGACAAGUUCACAUCAUCUUAUUUCCGACUUUGACCAGCUGCCUGCGACUAUAUGCGUCGACAAAGAAUGAGUCAAGAUAAAGAUGAAAAUGCGGAUAGAGAUAAAAGCUUCCAUUUUCAAUCUUUCAUCACAAAACGUGUGGAAUUUGCUUGCUUUUUUUGUUUACAUUUUUGACGUCUGAACCAAUCAACACACGACUGACGAAAUCCGAUAAAUUGACAGUUGGACCCAAAAAAUAAAAAUAAAUGGACAGUUCGAGAAUAGUAGCACUAUUUUAGUAGUGCUAGAUAUAUUUGUUAAUUAACGCCCUAAUUUGAUUGGUCUCGUGGAUUUGCUAAUUAAAUAAUGCAAUUGGCUUCUUGAUUUUUAAACAAAAAAAGGCACAUUUGAAUAUUAAUUUAUUUACGUUGAUUAAAUUUUUAAAAGUUGAAAAUAAUUUUUUUUCAUAAACCGAUCUGAUCAAUAUCCUACCGAGUGGGUAAAUUAAAAAAAAAAAAUUGCAUUAGUUCAAUUUCUUUUAUAUUCCGUGCUACCUAAGGAGAAAGUGAUGAACUAAAUUUCCUUGUCAAAAUGGAAGUGUUUAAUUUAGAUUAAUCACAUCAUAAAAUUUCAAAAAAGAAGAAUAUUUCCCUAAAAACACACUGACAGGAAUUUAGGAUCCAUUACUUAAAAAAAAAAAAUUGUAGACCAAAAUAUUUGAUAGAUUCCAAAUUAAUCCACCGCAAAGUUCCAAGCUAAUUUCAACCUACCAUUGUGUACAAAAAAAAAAACAAAAAAAAAAAA